UUCAGGUGUGCUCGUAUUGCCCCCGGGCGACUAUAUUCUGCUCCUUCCAGACGGAUUUUAAGAAAUACUAAGCUGAAAAAGUGGUCUGGAAACCGAUUAUUGAGCCCCAUCGCCGGACUCGGGUCGUUUUGAGGGGGGCGGUGACAAACCUGAACACACGUGAGGACUAAACGUGCGUGGGACACGGUUUACUGUUACUCUUCUGUCCUGACUACAGUUUGUUUUCACACGGAGAAGGUCUGUAUUCCUGCUGGAGGAGUGUUUUUGCUGUGGAACAUGAGGAAAUCAUCAACUUCAGGUAUUGCCCGGUCCACCAACAGCAGGGUGCGGAGGCUGGAGAGGGCAGAUUCUGCUGGGGCUGCUGGAGCUGCACUGAAAAGGUCGUUUGAAGUGGAGGAGGUCGACUCGCCCACAAAUCCGUCGCCUCUUUCACGCAGGACAGCCAAUCCCCUGCGUUCUUCCGCUGGCUCUGCCUCUAGCCGCUUCCACGACCUGGCCUCUCGCAACUCCGACUACGCCUCCAGACAUGGCUCUGAGACUUUGUCCAGUGGCCAGCGCUCACCAAAGAGCAGCCUGCGGCGUGCGGAACUUACCGGAGCCCGUCUUCCAGAGGCUGCUUCGCGCAGGACGGAGAUCUCCAUCGAUAUUUCCUCCAAACAGGUGGACAGCUCGCCCAGCCCAGGCAUCGCACGCUUCGGCCUGAAGCGGCCCGAGGUGUCUCUGCAGAGCCGGACUCCAGAGCUGGCGGCCCACAGGAGGACGGAGAUCACUCUAGGUCGAUCCCAAGAUGCUCCUGCCUCACUGCGGAGAGCGGACGGGCCUGCUCCGACCUCCAGGAUCCCCGAACCUGCCCAGAGGAAAACUGAGCCUCCCAGCCCAGUGGACACCUCACCCAUGACCCGACGACCUGAAAACCUCGCUGUCAGACAGACAGAGACACCCUUUCCGGCCAGAGAGUCUGAGAACAGCAUCAUCUCAGCCGCCAGUGUGACCCCUAGUUUCACUGAGUAUAAAGCACCUCUGCCAACGCAUGAGAACACCAGCAGAGCCCCCGAGAGGUCCGAGUUUAUUUCCAGCUACAGCAGCAACAGCAGCAGCAGCAGCAGUAUGGCAGAGCCGGUAAUUUCAGAAAUGCCCCCGACUGCAUGCCCAGAGAAGCCCAAUGUAGACUUCAGCUAUGUGGGCAUUGAUGCCAUCCUGGAGCAGAUGAGGAGGAAGGCCAUGAAGCAAGGCUUCGAACUCAACAUCAUGGUAGUGGGACAAAGCGGUUUGGGGAAGUCUACACUGAUGAACACACUCUUCAAGUCCAAAGUGAGCCGGAAGUCGGUGAUGGGCACAGCUGAAGAACGCAUCCCCAAAACCAUCGAGAUCAAAUCCAUCAGCCACGAUAUCGAAGAGAAAGGAGUGAGGAUGAAGUUGACUGUGAUAGACACACCAGGCUUCGGAGAUCAGAUCAACAAUGAGAACUGCUGGCAGCCCAUAAUGAAGUUCAUAAAUGACCAGUAUGAGCAGUACCUGCAGGAGGAGAUAAACAUUGAGAGGAAGAAGAGAAUCCCGGACUCGCGUGUUCACUGCUGCAUUUACUUCAUCCCCCCAACAGGACACUGUCUGAGGCCGUUGGAUGUGGAAUUUAUGAGGCGUCUCAGUAAAGUGGUCAACAUCGUCCCGGUCAUCGCGAAGGCGGACACACUGACCCUGGAGGAGAGAGACUUCUUCAAGAAGAAGAUCAGGGAAGAGCUGCGUGCCAACAGCAUCGACGUUUAUCCUCAGAAGGAGUUUGAUGAAGAUGCAGAGGACAGACUGAUCAAUGAGAAAAUACGAGAGAUGAUUCCAUUUGCAGUUGUUGGGAGCGAUCAGGAGUACCAGGUGAACGGGAGGAGGCUGCUGGGAAGGAAAACCAAAUGGGGAACCAUAGAAGUUGAGAAUAUCGCUCACUGUGAGUUUGCCUACCUGCGAGACCUCCUUAUCAGAACCCACAUGCAGAACAUUAAGGACAUCACCAGCAGCAUCCAUUACGAAAUGUACCGCGUCCGCCGCCUCAACGAGAACAACCUGCAGGCCAACGGGUUAGCCGAACACCACCCGGCCUCUCACGAGAUGUAGAGCCUUCAUCGCGCUCCCUUUCUCUCUCUCUCUCUUUUCCCUCAUCCCUCUGUCCACUCCUCCACCUGCACUCCAGCUGUUCCAUUCCACCCCAUCUUUCAGCCGCAGCAGGACCAGCCCGCUGACCACAGACUCUGCUUUGACCGUUUCACGUCUGAGGAGCCUUUAAUAGCUGUAUUUACUGCAGACUCCAGCUCACUGUCCUGCAUGGACAAGACUAAAAGCCACACAGGCUCCACUGUAUCCACAUUUCCUGAAUGCCAGUUCGGCUCUCUAGACUUAGUCUUUUGGUACAGUCCUCCUCUCCAGGCUCCACCCACAAGCAUGUUCUUCAGUAGCCACUGUUGAGAGGUUUGUCGGGCUUUACAGAACGCUGGGAAAAUCUCAUUUAACCUAAAGAGAAACUGUACCACACAAUUCAGUCUGUAAAUAACCAGAUUAUCUAUGCCUGAUUAGAGCUGCUACAUGAUGUAGUAAUUGUAGUAAUAAUAAUAAUGUAGUAGUAAUAAUAAUAAUAAUAAUAAUAAUAGAAUUUUAUUUACAAGUGCCUUUUAAGGUACCAAAGGACAAGUUGGAAAUGAGACAUAAUUAACACAUACAGAAGAAUUCAUUUGAAAAUUAAAGGGGAAUUCAACCAAUUUGUUUUCAGCAUUUUCAAAAUUCAGUGGUUGAGAUAUGAAGUUUUCUUUGGGGACUAUUUUGCCUCGACGCUCCACACAUGCCACUCCACCAUGAAUUUUAUAGAUAUGUUUAAAGUAAAGAAACUUUUAUAGAUAUGUUUUAGGCCAGUCUAUUAGCGCUAAUCUAUCAUAACUCGGUGUGUCAGACAUCAGGCAGCGUUUUCUUAACCAUUUCAUGUAACAACUUUCUGUGAUGGGGCAUGUAGAGGCAUUAGACUGGUUCCUGUCACCAGAGCUGUCGGAGUUUCCGUUGAGCUGAAUUCGCCUUAAAAACAAAGGCUGUGCCGUGUGCUAAAGUUCCUCUUUAGGUUGAAUGUAAUUCAUGUAAACAUUAUCUGAACUUUGUCCAACCUGGUAGGAGUUGCUUCAAAAAACACAUAGAGGUUAAUUAAACUGCAAAGUGGAGUUCAGAAAAAUUAGGGCCUCUUUUGAGACCAUUUUGCUGUAAAGAUUUGUGACUUUUUACCCCACGCUAAAUCUUUCAUUUUUUUUCUGUUCUCCCACCAGCAGGACUCUGAAAAAUGCCUCCAGGAACCAGUUUACAGUGUUCCACUUGGAGAAACCCAGUCUGCCAUUAAGUGUGAACAGUUGUUGAAACAUUAAUGGUUCCUAAAAGAGCUCUAGUUUCAAAAGACCCCCCUAAAUUCAUUCAGACCAUUUUUGUGUCUUAGAGUGUUUUUCACAUCAUCCCUGCCUGAUCACCUGACGGAUGGCUGUCCUUCCUCUGUGUGAAAGUGCAGUGAGGUGCCACAUCCUCGGUGUCCAUCCCACACUAAUCCCACCUGCACCACUGCACUCUCACAGUGUCAGGUUUGCAGAAGAGGCCACAAUGCAGGUGCUUUUGGAUCUGAGACUGUGGGGUCUUUUUACCUGCUUUAUCAAAGUGAUAAUUCUAGCAAACACCAUGAUUAAUGAUGAGUAAAAGCUAAUUAAUAAUAACAUUACCUUUUAUUCACUGACAUGCUAAUUAGCAUUAGCAUCCUUUAGUUAAACUGUGCCUGAACUGCAUCACCUUUCUGCCAAAAUGAGCUCGUUCCGGAAUGCCAAUAAUUCCCUGUCCAGUUCCGAAAUGCUUUUAUUUGCCUGAUGCCCCGUUAUCGGGUUGCAUUUUAUUGCUUUUAUUUUUAAAUGCUUGUGUUUGAGAUUAUGGGAAAGCUCUUAAUUCCUAGCUUUCUCUCUAUGUACAUACAUGUAAACCCAAUCAGACCUGAAGCCACGAUUUGAGGAUUUGAAUAGGACUGUGAAGAGAUCCAAGAUGGAAAGAUUGCACAUUAAAGCUUAAGCUUUUAUGCCCAUAACCCCAAACUUAUUUCCGAUCCAAAGAAAUUCCUGAAACGAUCCUCUCAUUGCGAGUUAUUUCGGAGAAUGUGGGCUCGAGCUGUGAAGUGCGUGGUGGAGUAAUUUAGCUGAUGAUAAAGAAUGUGCUACAAUCUUUAAAUACGACUGUGCGCUCGAGGUACUGUUAGAUUAGACCCUUCACAGCGUAGCUGUCAUAUCAAAACCUCUUUCUUCUGUUUUGUUUUUCUUGCAAGAUUCUCUCCUCCCCUUUUUCCAGUUGUGCUUGCCAUUGUAUGAACAGCUCAUGAACAGAACUGCCUAAUGAGAUCUGGAGACAUGUUAGACUAGAUCUGGAGACUGUUAGAUUAACACUACAGUUGUCCUAUGAAAACCUUUUAAAACACAGCUGCACUUUCAUGAGGAAUGAACCAGUAAAAACAGUCCAAAGUUAUUUUGCAUUUACUAGCAUUAAAAGCUGAGAACGCUUGUUCCUUUUCCUGAAAAUGUCCGAGGUUUUGUCACGACAGCGGCGAUCUGCCUAAGAAAGACUAUUUGAAAUCAGUAUUUUCGCCUUUUUUCAGCUAUCCAGAUUUCUGUAUGUGUGUAUAAUCACUGCGAUGUGAACGCUGCCACAGUGCCUUAAUAAGUCUCCUGAUACGCUUCCUUUUAAAAAGCCAUAAUUGACGAGCAUCAUUACAUUAGGAUGGAUAUUAAGGCCUUACCCGAACCUUUCAAGUGCUUUUAAUUGGAAAAAUAUUCGUUUUGUCCUGUGCUGUAUAUUCAUAGUGAUUGUUUUUGGGGUUUUUUUCUACCGGUAACACAAAUAUCUUUGAUAUGUUAUUUUAAAGAAAUAAAGAUAUUAAAUAUUGA